CAGGGGCUAUUGAUCAGCUAUGAAGUUCCUGUGUAUUUUCGCCGUUCUUCUGUCCGUUGUGGCCGCUCGUCCUGAUCCAAGACGGCCAUGGCGAAGAGGUGGACCGUUCCCUAGAGGACCUGGAGGGCCUCGAUGGGAACCCAACUUCCCAGGCAGACCCACAGGGCCGGGAAAGUUGCCACCUGGGCAUCCAGGCAGACCCUCUCACGGAGCAGGGCAUGGAUGUUCCCAGACGACCACAGUGGGAGCACCUGCCUCGGACCCUCAGACCACUGGGUCUCCUCCAGUGUCUUCCAGGGGUGACAAGAGUGGAGCGGAUGGGAAGCCACUUGUUCAGCCUGGUAGGGCCCCAGUGCCUGGCCCAGGGGCCGCGGACAUGGACCUGCUGGAGGGCUUUCUAAUGGGCGGGACCCCUCUGGAGCCGGGUCAGCUGGAGAAACAAAAGUUCAUCCCCAUAUUCAAGGCUGACAAUGUCUCAUUUGAGAAUGUCACUGGUCUUCACUUGAAAGAGGGGGAGAAUAUAUACCUACUACCAAAGGAUGAAAAACAACCACCCAUGCCAAAGGAAUCAAAGAUGAAUGGGCUCCCUGCACCUGCGAGCAUGUAUGGAACGUAUGGAAUGCCAUACCAACGAAGGCCUCAGCCAUAUUUGAAGGUUGUCCUCAAUCCCACUGCAACUGCAACGAACCGGAUAUCCGUUGAAUAUGGGAUUUACAUUCCAGUGAGUACCAAUAUUUGACUGUAUAAUUUAUUUGUAUGUCUCAGAAUACAUACUGUCCAAAAUAUAAGGUUUUUGAUACUGCAAUUAAUGCCAUUUCACCCUUCAUUGUUGUCCCCUCCAAACCACUCUUACACACAGGUCUAAAUGGGUAAGUAAAUAUCACUUCACUGGAGAUUGGAUUGUCCUUGAUUUCCAACAAAUGGGGUUUUAGGAAGCCUUUUCCUCGCAAUUAUACAUAAUCCAAGAGAAAAAGGUGAGACACAUGCUUGGGACUCGACUAUUAUUGUUCUCAUGAAAUCAGAUUCAUUUUCAGAAUGAAGCAAACAGAGAGAAGAUAGCACAGCUAAUCUGACUUGGCUAUAAGGGAGAAGUCAACACUGGUCCUUCUCAAAAUGCUGAAAUGGAAAUGAUGUGCAUUCAUUUCAGCUGGAGCGUCUUGUGUCGAAUGAUUACUGAUAUAAUUAUGUCCUUUUGUUUGCUUGCAUGGUGACUUUGAUCAAAUUAAAAAAGUCCUUCAGCGUUUACAAAGUUCUUUAUUUACCAACUUUCAAUACAGUGCAGACUUCUGAAGAAGGCAGUAC